AUGGCUACCUGUAAGCUCAUUCCAAGCCCAUGCGACAGAUGCAGUAGCAGCAAAGCUAAUAUUGAACCAAUAAGACCACAUGACGGCCGAAACAUCACGGUAGAGCAGUUCGGCAAAGCCGUCUCCGAAGGCCUCAAUAUGGACCCCUCAAUCGGCACGUUGCCUGCGCGCGUGCUUACGCUUGCCUUGGGCCGUGGUACCCUUGACCUUGAGGACCUCAAUACACCCGGUCUUCUUCAGCAUAUCGCCUCCUUGUCACGCGAUGACGUAACGCCUACAGAGGCGAACAUCGCCCAGGUCCCUGCCCGGAUAUCUGCUCUGCUAGACGACAGCCCAACAGACUACCUAGACAUUACGUCUCUCGCAAAAAGUCGCGUCCGUGUCGAGAAAUUAUCUGCGCCAGCGCGGAUACCACCACAGCAUGACGCAAUAGCGCUUGGAGAGGCUGCCCUGUUGCUAAUGAUGAUGAAGGAAGGUCCAGUGCCGUCUGCUUUCAGCCUGCCCUUUAUACAGACGUGGAAAGCGCCCAAAGAUCGUGUAAAGGUGUGGUUAACAGAGGAGAGACUGCCUGAGGAGUUGGGGUGGACGCGUUCAGAGCGAACCCUGAGCACGCUGGACCUCGUACCGGUUGUGGCCGCUAUUACGGCGCGAAAGGCAGCAUUGGGUAUACUGGGUUAA